AAAAAUAAUAUAAUAUGCUCAGAUUUCUAUUAACUUCAGCUCAUUUUUAAAUAGUUUAACGCUGGUUUAAAAACAGAAAUAUUUGAAAAAAAUUUCAAGCGUGUUAAAAAAAAUCGAUGAACAAUUUUGACAGCCAUUUUUGCUGUCAAACGGCUGCCAUUUUCUCCUCACUUGUCAAAAAUUUUCGCUCGCGUGUGGACGUGUCGUUCCGUUCUCUAUUCAGUGGGCGUGAAAAAUUGUGCAAAGUUAUCUGCUGGGAAUCUUCCGAAUUCUUCAGCGAAACCGUUUAAUUCCGAUUCGCGACCAUGGGUGAUUCCCUGGAGGCUACCGUCGGUAGCUUGGGGAGUGACUCUCCGGCGUCCGAGGACACCGAAAGCGUCGUCAUCAUGAACUACGACUCGUUUACCAAUUACAUCCGCAAGGCGGUGACCAUAUUGCUACCGGAGGAAGACAUCGUUCCGGUGCCGUUGAACGCUGCCCUGGAGGAUCCCUCGAACCUUUGAUUCGAUUUUAAACAUCACUAAAGUGAAGUUACACAAUCCGAACAACUCUACAAACGCGUGCCAUGCGACUAAUUUUUUCCCCUAUUUUGGACCAGAAUCAGCGGAUCACAACAGAAAUACCAAAACAAACGGUCGUGGUGGGUCGGCUUUCUGCGGGUGGCGUGGGAGGUGACGGCCGUUGCCAUGGUAACCGGAACAGCUGGCGUCCCAAACAGCUGAUCAUUUUCGUCGAGAUUCAAGAAUAACGGGACAAUAACAAACCGUAAAAUCGAUCAAGGUUCACACUGCUGCAGUUGAAAUAGUCCUUUUAAAUUAAUUUUUGCUCAUUUGUAACUUUUCUAAUAUCAAAAUGCUUGAAUUUUGAAUGUUCACUUUUUAAUAAUUCUAAUCGUAUUUUUGCAUUUUCAAACUUAUAAUGCUUUAAAUCGAACCUAUCUUUAAUUAAAUGCUUUUAAAAAUAAUAUAAUAUGCUCAGAUUUCUAUUAACUUCAGCUCAUUUUUAAAUAGUUUAACGCUGGUUUAAAAACAGAAAUAUUUGAAAAAAAUUUCAAGCGUGUUAAAAAAAAUCGAUGAACAAUUUUGACAGCCAUUUUUGCUGUCAAACGGCUGCCAUUUUCUCCUCACUUGUCAAAAAUUUUCGCUCGCGUGUGGACGUGUCGUUCCGUUCUCUAUUCAGUGGGCGUGAAAAAUUGUGCAAAGUUAUCUGCUGGGAAUCUUCCGAAUUCUUCAGCGAAACCGUUUAAUUCCGAUUCGCGACCAUGGGUGAUUCCCUGGAGGCUACCGUCGGUAGCUUGGGGAGUGACUCUCCGGCGUCCGAGGACACCGAAAGCGUCGUCAUCAUGAACUACGACUCGUUUACCAAUUACAUCCGCAAGGCGGUGACCAUAUUGCUACCGGAGGAAGACAUCGUUCCGGUGCCGUUGAACGCUGCCCUGGAGGAUCCCUCGAACCAGGAGUGCAUCCGGAAGUUCCUGAGUGACCCCCAGACACAGGCGUUGUACAUCCAGCGGUCGUGUUUCAAGGAUGAUGAAAAUGAGCCACCAACGGAAGGUGAAGAGGAGAAAGACGACGUCACUUACUACAUCAGCAAUGACGUACACUUCACCAGCCAACGGAUGGCGUCUCUGGUGUGCAUCAAGCGUGGGGCCGUCAUUGAGGCGUAUAAGACGAUCCAUUCCCAGGUUCGACUUAUCAACUUCUCCGAAGGCUCACCGUACGAAACGCUCCAUUCGUUCAUCAGUAAGACCUUUGCUCCGUACUUCAAAAGCUACGUCAAGGAAUCGGGUAGGGCCGAUCGGGAUGGAGACAAGAUGGCCCCAUCUGUCGAGAAGAAACUCACUGAACUAGAGAUGGGUUUGUUGCAUUUGCAGCAAAACAUCGAUAUUCCUGAAGUUACUUUGAACAUCAACGGGCUCGUGGCGCAGGUUCUGAAAAAAUGUGCCGACGAAGGACGCAAGGCUAAGAUAACUGACUUUGGCGAUAAACUAGAGGACUCAACCUUUCUGAACACCCUGCAAAAUGGAGUUAACCGCUGGAUUAAGGAAAUUCAAAAGGUCACCAAGUUAGACCGUGAUCCCUCCUCCGGAACUGCGCUGCAAGAAAUCUCUUUCUGGUUGAAUCUUGAACGAGCCUUGCAUCGCAUCCAGGAAAAACGUGAAUCUCCGGAAGUGGCUUUGACUUUGAAUAUCCUUAAACAUGGUAAACGAUUCCACGCAACUGUUUCCUUUGACACCGAUACUGGACUUAAACAAAUCUUAGCUAUGGUUGCCGAUUAUAAUCCGCUAAUGAAAGACUUUCCAAUCAAUGAUUUGUUGUCUGCUACAGAGUUGGAUAAAAUUCGUCAAGCUGUGCAGUCUAUUUUCAAUCAUCUUAGAAAAAUCCGUAGCACCAAAUAUCCUAUUCAGCGAGCACUCAGAUUAAUUGAGGCUAUCUCAAGAGAUCUUAGCCAACAGUUGUUGAAAGUGUUGGGCACAAGACGUUUGAUGCAUAUUCCAUUUGACGAAUUCGAGAGAGUGAUGAAUCAAUGUUUUGAAGUCUUCAGCUGCUGGGACGAUGAAUACGACAAACUGCAAGGAAUUCUGCGUGAUAUUGUCAAAAAGAAGCGCGACGAACACAUCAAAAUGGUCUGGCGUAUCGCUCCGGCUCACAAAAAACUUCAACAGCGUAUGGAGCAUAUGCGAAAGUUCCGUCGUCAUCAUGAACAAUUGCGUACCGUGAUUGUGCGUGUAUUGCGUCCUGCUCGUCAACCUUCCGGAAUGUCCGGCGGAGGUGAUGCGGGCAGUGCUGACACUAAACAACCCUACAGUUUGGAAACGGCUGACGCCAAUGCCAUCGAAGAAGUCAAUCUGGCAUACGAAAACGUAAAAGAAAUUGAAUGCUUGGACAUUUCCAAGGAAGGAUCCGAAGCUUGGGAUGCGGCUAUCAAGCGCUACGACGAACGCAUUGAUAGAGUCGAAACUCGCAUCACAGCUCAUCUGCGGGAUCAACUUGGCACCGCAAAAAAUGCUAAUGAAAUGUUCAGAAUUUUCUCGCGUUUCAAUGCCCUAUUUGUGCGACCGCACAUCCGAGGAGCCAUCAGAGAGUAUCAAACACAGCUUAUUCAACGCGUCAAAGAUGAUAUUGAAGCUUUGCAUGAAAAAUUCAAGGUUCAGUACCCCCAGAGCAAAAGCUGUCGUUUGUCUGUGGUUCGGGACUUACCACCAGUGGCCGGUUCCAUCAUCUGGGCUCGUCAAAUCGAUAACCAACUUACUAUGUAUUUGAAAAGAGUAGAAGACGUUCUUGGCAAGGGCUGGGAAUCCCAUCACGAUGGACAAAAACUCAAAGCCGACGGAGACAGUUUCCGAGCAAAGCUUUCGACAAUGGAAGUGUUCCACGAGUGGGCACGUAAAGUGCAAGAACGCAACACCGGUAUCACCGGACGGAUCUUUUUGAUCGAGGCAACACGUUCUCGCACCGGACGUGGCAACACACUCAAACUUAGAGUUAACUUCUUGCCGGAAAUCAUAACUCUUUAUAAAGAAGUUCGAAAUUUGAAAAGUUUGGGAUUCCGUGUGCCGCUGGCCAUUGUUAACAAAGCUCACCAGGCGAACCAACUUUAUCCAUUUGCUAUCUCACUGAUUGAAAGCGUUAGAACCUACGAGCGUACUCUGGAAAAGCUAACAAAUAGGAGUUUAGCACAAAAUUCAGUAUUCAAGAUCGAGGACCGUGCUAGCAUCAUCCCUCUAGUGGCCGGUUUGCGCAAAGAAGUACUGGCGCUUAUUUCCGAAGGCAUUGCUCUUGUCUGGGAAAGCUACAAACUGGAUCCGUACGUUCAACGUCUGUCGGAGAAUGUUACCUCGUUCCAAGAAAAAGUGGAAGACUUGCUGGUGGUCGAGGAACAGUUGGACGUGGACGUACGCUCCCUGGAAACCUGUCCGUACAGUGCGGCAACAUUUGCCGAUAUUCUUUCUAAAAUUCAACACGCCGUUGAUGAUCUGUCGUUGAAACAGUACUCUAACUUACACGUCUGGGUUGCUCGUUUGGAUGAAGAAGUAGAGAAGAAGUUAGCCGCCAGAUUGCAAGCUGGUAUUCAAGCAUGGACAGAUGCACUAACUGGUAAUAAGAAAGAAGUUGAUUUAUCUAUGGACACAGAUGCUCCAACACAACCUACCAUUAAACCUGGAGGAGAUCCGCAGAUUUUGAAAGCCAUUCAUGAAAUCCGUAUUACAAAUCAGCAGAUGUAUCUGUACCCGUCGAUCGAAGAAGCCCGGUUCCAGAUAAUGCAACAAUUGUUCGCUUGGGAGGCAAUUGUAACCUCUCAAACCCGUUUACAGAGCUCUCGUUAUCAAGUUGGAUUGGACAAACCAGUUUCACAAACGUACAGAAAUCUACUAACGAAACUUCCUCUAGGUUCAGAUCCAUUGGAAGGUGCAUAUGGCGCUAUCGAAAACCAAAUCUCUGAGGUGCGCAAUUACGUCGAUGAAUGGUUGAGAUACCAGAGUUUGUGGGAUCUGCAAGCUGAUACGCUGUACGGUCGUCUAGGGGAAGAUAUCAAUCUAUGGAUCAAAUGCCUAAAUGACAUUAAGAAAUCUCGUACUACAUUUGAUACAUCGGACACUCGUCGCGCUUACGGACCCAUCGUAAUCGAUUACGCAAAGGUCCAGUCCAAAGUUACUUUGAAAUACGAUUCUUGGCAUAAGGAAGCUCUGAGCAAAUUCGGCCAACUUCUCGGUAACGAAAUGACUACGUUCCAUACCAAAGUCUCAAAGAGCCGUAACGAUUUGGAACAACAAAGUAUCGAAGCCGCCAGUACUUCGGAUGCUGUAAGUUUCAUUACCUAUGUUCAAUCGUUGAAGAAAGAGAUGCUUGUUUGGGACAAGCAGGUGGACAUCUAUCGUGAAGCACAAAGGAUUUUGGAACGUCAGCGUUUCCAGUUUCCCAACAAUUGGUUGCAUGUGGAUAACAUCGAAGGCGAAUGGUCAGCAUUUAACGAAAUCAUGAAGCGUAAGGAUUCCGCUAUUCAAACUCAAGUAGCCAGCUUGCAAGCAAAGAUCGUCGCAGAAGACAAGGCUGUUGAGCAGAGAACGCUGGACUUCUUGAAUGAUUGGGAAAAGAAUAAGCCAACGGGAGGUCGUACCCGUCCGGAUGAUGCUCUCCAACAGCUUCAUAUCUUCGAAACUAAAUUCUCACGAUUGAAGGAGGAACGUGAUAACGUGGCUAAAGCAAAGGAAGCUCUUGAACUUCAGGAAUCUGCUAUUCCCAACAAUAGCACUGAAUGUAUGUCUGUUGUCCUUGAGGAAUUGCAAGAUUUACGUGGUGUUUGGAGUGAAUUGUCUAAAAUCUGGGCCCAGAUCGAUGAAACCAGAGAGAAGCCAUGGCUGUCAGUUCAACCAAGAAAGUUACGCCAAUCGCUGGAAGCUAUGAUGAAUCAACUGAAGGAACUUCCGGCUCGUUUAAGAAUGUACGAGAGCUAUGAGUACGUCAAGAAACUGUUACAAAGCUAUAUCAAGGUAAAUAUGAUGAUUGUAGAGCUUAAGUCGGACGCCCUUAAAGAGCGACACUGGAAGCAACUCACAAAACAACUUCGCGUUAGCUGGGUGCUAUCGGAUCUUACUCUGGGACAAGUAUGGGAUGUGAACCUCCUGAAGAACGAAUCCAUCGUGAAAGAUAUAAUACUGGUUGCUCAAGGUGAAAUGGCCCUAGAAGAGUUCUUGAAGCAAGUUCGCGAAAGUUGGCAGAACUAUGAGCUGGAUUUGAUCAACUAUCAGAACAAAUGCCGCAUCAUCCGUGGUUGGGAUGAUUUGUUCAACAAGGUUAAAGAACACAUUAAUUCGGUUGCUGCUAUGAAGUUGUCACCUUACUACAAAGUUUUCGAAGAAGAAGCACUCACUUGGGAGGAGAAAUUAAAUCGUAUCAAUUCGUUGUUUGAUGUGUGGAUUGAUGUCCAGAGACGUUGGGUCUAUUUGGAGGGAAUUUUCUCCGGUAGUGCCGACAUCAAAACUCUGCUUCCAGUUGAAACAUCUCGCUUUCAAAGUAUCAGCUCAGAAUUCUUGGGAUUAAUGAAGAAGGUUGCCAAAUCCCCUAAAGUUAUGGAUGUAUUAAACAUUCCUGGUGUUCAGCGUUCGCUAGAAAGACUAGCAGAUCUGCUUGGAAAGAUCCAGAAAGCUCUUGGAGAGUAUUUGGAACGAGAAAGAACUUCAUUCCCACGGUUCUAUUUUGUCGGUGAUGAAGAUUUGCUUGAAAUUAUCGGUAACAGUAAGAAUGUGGCCCGUCUCCAGAAACACUUCAAGAAAAUGUUCGCUGGAGUUGCUUCAAUAUUGUUGAAUGAGGAUAACACAGUUAUUCUUGGAAUUGCUUCUCGUGAGGGUGAAGAAGUAAAGUUUAUUAAACCUGUAUCGACUGUUGAACAUCCAAAGAUCAACGAAUGGUUAACUUUGGUCGAAAAGGAAAUGCGAUUUACUCUAGCUUCGUAUUUGGCACAGGCUGUUCAAGAUAUCAAACAGUUCAAGGAUGAAAUUGAUGCACAGAAAUAUAUGGAAUGGUGCGACAAAUAUCAAGCUCAGAUAGUUGUACUGGCAGCUCAAAUUUUGUGGUCCGAAGAUGUUGAAGCAGCUUUACAACAGUCUUCUGACAAUCCUGGAAACAAAAACCCUUUGAACCGUGUUUUGACCACCGUAGAAUCUACUUUGAACGUUUUGGCAGACUCUGUACUCCAAGAACAACCAGCGCUUCGUCGUAAAAAGCUUGAACAUCUGAUUAACGAAUUUGUUCACAAACGUACUGUUACUAGGCGUUUAAUUGCUCACGGAGUCAGUAAUCCCAAAUCUUUCCACUGGCUUUGCGAAAUGCGUUUCUACUUUGAUCCACGUCAGACCGAGGUACUGCAACAGCUGACCAUCCACAUGGCCAACGCUCGGUUCUUCUACGGCUUUGAGUAUCUAGGCGUACAGGAUCGUCUCGUCCAAACACCGUUGACCGAUCGAUGCUACCUGACAAUGACACAGGCGCUGGAAUCACGACUUGGUGGAUCACCGUUUGGUCCAGCCGGUACUGGUAAAACGGAAUCGGUAAAGGCUCUCGGUAAUCAGCUGGGUCGUUUCGUGCUGGUGUUCAACUGCGACGAAACCUUUGAUUUCCAGGCAAUGGGCCGUAUUUUCGUCGGUCUGUGUCAAGUUGGUGCGUGGGGUUGCUUCGACGAGUUCAACCGUCUGGAGGAACGUAUGCUUUCGGCUGUUUCGCAGCAGAUUCAAACCAUUCAGGAAGCUCUCAAAUCACAGCAAGAUACCGUCAAAGACACCCAGAGCAUCACCGUUGAGCUUGUCGGAAAACAGGUCCGUGUAUCCACUGACAUGGCCAUUUUCAUUACAAUGAAUCCAGGCUACGCUGGCCGUUCCAAUCUGCCGGACAAUCUGAAGAAGCUUUUCCGCUCGCUUGCUAUGACCACACCGGAUCGCCAAUUGAUUGCUGAAGUGAUGCUGUUCAGUCAAGGUUUCCGUACUGCUGAAAAACUUGCUUGCAAAAUUGUUCCAUUCUUCAAGCUUUGUGAUGAACAAUUGUCGAACCAAUCUCACUACGAUUUUGGACUGCGUGCUUUGAAGUCGGUGUUGGUUUCAGCCGGUAAUGUUAAGCGUGAUCGCAUCUUGAGAAUCAAAGAAGAAAAUCGACAACGUGGAGAUGAAAACAUUGACGAAGCCAUAAUUGCUGAAAAUCUUCCCGAACAAGAAAUUCUUAUACAAUCUGUUUGUGAAACAAUGGUUCCCAAAUUGGUUGCCGAAGACAUUCCUCUACUGUUUUCACUGCUGAGUGACGUGUUUCCCAAUGUCGGAUAUACUCGAGCCGAAAUGAAAGGACUCAAGGACGAAAUCCGUAAGGUUUGCGGAGAGGAGUACUUGGUGUGUGGCGAAGGCGACGAACAAGGAUGUGCAUGGAUGGAAAAGGUCCUACAACUUUACCAAAUUUCGAACCUCAACCAUGGUCUCAUGAUGGUUGGUCCCUCUGGUUCAGGAAAAUCGACCGCCUGGCGUGUGCUACUGAAAGCCCUUGAACGUUUCGAAGGCACUGAAGGUGUGGCUCAUGUUAUUGAUCCCAAAGCCAUUUCAAAGGAGGCGUUAUACGGUGUUCUCGAUCCAAACACGCGUGAAUGGACUGAUGGAUUGUUCACUCAUAUUCUACGUAAGAUUAUCGACAACGUUCGAGGUGAAAUAAACAAACGUCAAUGGAUCAUAUUCGACGGUGAUGUAGAUCCCGAAUGGGUAGAAAACUUGAAUUCUGUUCUGGAUGACAACAAACUGCUAACACUCCCUAACGGCGAACGUUUGUCUUUGCCACCGAAUGUGAGGAUCAUGUUCGAAGUGCAGGAUCUGAAAUACGCUACGCUGGCUACAGUUUCACGUUGCGGUAUGGUUUGGUUCUCAGAAGAUGUGCUAUCCACUGAAAUGAUAUUCGAGAACUACAUGGCACGUUUGAAAAAUAUUCCACUCGAAGAUAGUGAAGAAGAAAGCUUCAGCUCCCAAGCGAAAGGUAACGAGAAAGAUGACGAGUUGUCUCCCGCAUUGCAGACACAGAGAGAAAUCGCUUCGAUGCUACAGCCAUAUUUCAGUUCAGAUGGUUUGGUAGUUCGUUGUUUGGAGUAUGCUAUGGGACAAGAACACAUUAUGGAUUUCACCAGAUUGCGUGCGCUAAGUUCGCUGUUUUCAAUGUUGAAUCAGGGGGCCAGAAAUGUGUUAAAUUUCAACCAUCAACAUCCAGACUUCCCAGUUCCUCCAGAGCAACUGGAACAGUAUAUUCCAAAGUUGUUGAUCUAUUCUCUGCUUUGGUCAUUUGCCGGAGAUGCUAAACUGAAAGUGCGCUCAGAUCUAGGCGAUUUUAUUCGCAGUGUGACUACCGUUGGGCUACCGGCACAAAGUGGCAGCCCAAUUAUCGAUUACGAAGUCAACAUCCAAGGUGAUUGGGUCCCAUGGUCUAAUAAAGUGCCAGUAAUUGAAGUGGAAACCCACAAAGUUGCAGCUCCAGAUGUAGUUGUUCCAACAUUGGACACCGUACGACACGAAUCACUUCUUUAUACUUGGUUGGCUGAGCACAAACCGCUAGUACUGUGCGGUCCUCCAGGAUCUGGUAAAACUAUGACAUUGUUUUCGGCUCUUCGUGCUUUGCCUGACAUGGAAGUUGUUGGUUUGAACUUCUCCUCUGCAACCACCCCAGAACUGUUGUUGAAAACAUUUGAUCAUUAUUGCGAAUAUCGCAAAACACCUAACGGUGUUAUACUGGCACCCGUGCAACUAGGCAAGUGGUUGGUACUAUUUUGCGAUGAAAUUAAUCUCCCGGAUAUGGAUUCAUAUGGCACGCAGCGAGUCAUCUCUUUCCUUCGUCAACUGGUUGAGCACAAAGGUUUCUACAGGGCUGGUGAUCAAUCGUGGGUUUCCCUAGAACGCAUCCAGUUUGUAGGAGCAUGUAACCCUCCAACUGACCCGGGUCGAAAACCGCUUUCGCAUCGAUUCCUCCGACACGUACCGAUUAUCUAUGUUGAUUAUCCUGGAGAAACAUCCCUGAAACAGAUUUAUGGAACAUUCAGUCGUGCAAUGCUACGUUUGAUGCCAACUUUGCGCGGAUAUGCAGAACCACUCACAAAUGCCAUGGUUGAAUUCUAUUUGGCAUCUCAGGAUCGCUUCACCCAAGACAUGCAGCCGCAUUAUGUGUACUCACCUCGUGAAAUGACACGCUGGGUUCGUGGUAUCUGCGAGGCCAUCCGCCCACUGGAUAAUCUACCUGUAGAAGGAUUGGUACGCUUGUGGGCUCACGAGGCGCUCCGUUUGUUCCAGGAUCGUCUAGUUGAAGAAUCUGAACGUCGCUGGACGAACGAGAACAUAGACCUGGUCGCCAUGAAACAUUUCCCAAGCGUAGACCGCGAAAAAGCAUUGGAACGCCCCAUUCUCUACAGCAACUGGUUGUCGAAGGACUACAUGCCGGUGAAUCGAUCGGAAUUGCGUGAUUACGUCAAAGCCCGUUUGAAGGUAUUCUACGAGGAAGAAUUGGACGUUCCACUGGUUCUGUUUGAUGAGGUGCUGGAGCAUGUUCUUCGAAUUGAUCGUAUCUUCCGUCAACCGCAAGGCCAUUUGUUGCUGAUUGGUGUUUCUGGUGCCGGUAAGACAACGUUGUCUCGUUUCGUUGCCUGGAUGAAUGGAUUAUCAAUCUUCCAAAUAAAGGUCCAUAACAAGUAUACAAGCGACGAUUUUGAUGAAGACCUUCGAUGCGUGUUACGUCGCUCGGGUUGUAAAGACGAAAAGAUCGCUUUCAUUUUGGACGAAUCUAAUGUUUUGGAUUCUGGAUUUUUGGAACGCAUGAACACGCUAUUGGCCAACGGAGAGGUUCCUGGUCUAUUCGAAGGAGAUGAGUAUACAACACUUAUGACACAAUGCAAAGAAGGCGCUCAACGAGAAGGGCUGAUGUUGGAUUCUAGCGAUGAACUUUACAAGUGGUUCACACAACAAGUUAUGCGAAACCUGCAUGUUGUUUUCACAAUGAACCCAUCGACUGAUGGCCUAAAGGAUCGCGCAGCCACAUCUCCUGCUCUGUUCAACAGGUGUGUCCUCAACUGGUUUGGUGAUUGGUCAGAUUCAGCCCUGUUCCAAGUUGGUAAAGAAUUUACCAUCCGUGUUGAUCUUGAUAAACCAACCUGGAGUGCACCAGACUUCUUCCCAUCGGCUUGCCCGUUGAUACCGAACACGCCGGCGCAUCGUGAUGCUGUCAUUAAUGCUUGUGUUUACGUGCACCAGACACUGCACAAGGCAAAUGCUCGUUUAGCCAAACGUGGUGGUCGAACAAUGGCAAUUACUCCCCGUCAUUAUUUGGACUUCAUUCAUCACUUUGUGAAACUGUAUUCGGAAAAGAGAAGCGAUUUGGAGGAACAACAGCUUCAUCUUAAUGUUGGUUUGAACAAAAUCGCCGAAACUGUAGAACAGGUCGAAGAAAUGCAGAAAUCGUUAGCAGUUAAAUCGCAGGAGCUACAUGCCAAGAACGAAGCUGCCAACGCUAAAUUGAAACAAAUGUUCAAAGACCAACAGGAAGCUGAAAAGAAGAAGGUCCAAUCUCAGGAGAUCCAACAACAGCUAGCUGAGCAGACUAUCAAGAUCGAGGAGAAACGCAAGGAUGUAAUGGCUGACUUAGCUCAAGUAGAACCGGCAGUUAUUGACGCUCAAGCGGCUGUCAGUAAUAUAAAAAAGAAGCAGCUUGCCGAAGUCCGUACGAUGGCCAAUCCACCGGCCCCGGUCAAACUGGCCCUGGAAUCAGUUUGUCUUCUAUUGGGUGAAGAUGAUCGUGGUGGAGACUGGAAAGCGAUCCGUCAGAUUCUGGUCAAAGAUAGUUUCAUUACUUCGAUCGUCAAAUUCGACACAUCCAUGUUAACCGAUGAUGUGCGCGAAAAGAUGAAGUCAAGAUACAUCAGCAAUCCGGAUUAUAACUUUGAGAAAGUUAACCGUGCUUCAAUGGCUUGUGGACCCAUGGUUAAAUGGGCCAUUGCUCAGGUGGAGUAUGCUGAUAUGUUGAAGCGUGUAGAACCACUGCGAGAUGAACUUGGAUCGUUGGAACGUCAAGCAGAAACCAACAUCAAACACGGUCAAGAAGUCAAGGAACUUAUUACCCAGUUGGAGCAGAGUAUUGCCUCCUACAAAGAGGAAUACGCUCAGUUGAUUUCGCAAGCCCAAGCUAUCAAGAAUGAUUUGGAGAACGUUCAAGCGAAGGUCGACCGUUCGAUAGCCCUGUUGAAAUCUCUGGUCAUCGAACGCGAACGUUGGGAAGCGACCAGUGAAACGUUCCGUUCCCAGAUGUCCACCAUCAUCGGGGAUGUCUUGCUUUCGGCAGCGUUUAUUGCUUACGGUGGAUACUUUGAUCAGCAUUACCGCAGUAAUCUAUUCUCGACCUGGUGUCAGCAUCUACAAGCAGCCAAUAUACAAUUCCGAGCUGAUAUUGCCAGAACGGAGUAUCUCUCGAACCCAGACGAGCGAUUGCGUUGGCAGGCGAACGCUUUACCGACGGAUGAUCUAUGUACAGAAAACGCAAUCAUGUUGAAACGAUUCAACCGGUACCCAUUGAUUAUCGAUCCUUCUGGUCAAGCAACGGAGUUCAUUUUGAACGAGUUCCGAGAUAAGAAAAUAACAAAAACCAGUUUCCUUGAUGAUUCGUUCCGUAAAAAUCUGGAAUCAGCUCUCCGUUUCGGUAAUCCACUGCUGGUGCAGGAUGUCGAAAAUUAUGAUCCAAUCCUCAACCCGGUACUGAACCGAGAACUUCGUCGAACGGGUGGUCGAGUGUUGAUUACUCUCGGAGACCAGGACAUCGAUUUGUCACCUUCAUUUGUAAUUUUCCUCUCUACACGUGAUCCUACAGUGGAAUUCCCUCCUGAUAUUUGCUCUCGUGUAACUUUCGUCAAUUUCACCGUUACCAGAAGUUCACUGCAAUCGCAAUGCUUGAACCAAGUUCUUAAAGCUGAACGACCGGAUAUUGAUGAAAAGCGCUCUGAUCUCCUUAAACUGCAGGGUGAAUUCCAUCUCCGCCUUCGUCAGUUGGAGAAGAGUCUAUUGCAAGCUCUCAACGAUGCAAAGGGCAAGAUCUUGGACGAUGAUUCUGUAAUAACGACUUUAGAAACGCUGAAGAAAGAAGCUGCCGAUAUUGGACAGAAGGUUGAAGAAACGGACAAGGUCAUAGGAGAGAUUGAAACGGUAUCCCAGCAAUAUCUUCCUCUUUCACAAGCCUGUAGCAACAUAUACUUCACCAUGGAUAGUUUGAAUCAAGUCCAUUUCCUGUAUCAAUACUCAUUGAAAAUGUUCUUGGACAUUUUCAGUACUGUAUUGCAUAACAAUCCCAAAUUGGAAGGUAAAACCGACUACACCGCACGUUUGUCAGUGAUCACAUCAGAGUUAUACAAGGUGUGUUACGAGCGCGUAGGUCGAGGUAUGCUCCAUGCGGAUCGGCUUACGUUCGCUAUUUUGCUUUGCCGUAUACACCUCAAGGGAACUACCGAAGCAAACUUGGAUCAAGAGUUCAACUUUUUCCUUCGCAACAAAGAAGGGUUGGUUGCCUCGGCCAAUCACAUCGACGGGGUAAGUGCUGAACAGCUGGAAUCAGUGACACGACUAGCAAACCGCCUUCCCAUCUUCCGAAAAUUGAUGGAUAAAAUACAGUCGAUUCCCGAACUAACGGCUUGGUUGCAACAAGGAUCACCGGAACAAAAUGUUCCUGUUCUGUGGGAUGAGUCAAAGGCAUUAUCUGCAAUUGCAUCAUCUAUGCAUCAACUGCUACUGAUUCAAGCAUUUAGACCUGAUCGAGUUAUUGCUGCCGCUCAUCUAUUUGUUUCUACCGUACUUGGAGAAGAUUUCAUGCCACAGGCCGAAAAGGAACUUGAUUUUGCAGCAUGUGUUGAUAAAGAGCUUAGCAGCAAUACACCUGCUUUGCUUUGCUCCGUUACCGGUUACGAUGCAUCCUCGCGCGUCGAUGAUCUGGCUGCUGAACUCAACAAACAAAUAUCUAGCAUUGCCAUUGGGUCCGCCGAAGGAUUUAAUCAAGCAGAGAGAGCCAUCAAUAUGGCUUGCAAAACUGGUCGAUGGGUUCUGCUUAAGAACGUUCACCUGGCGCCUCAGUGGCUGGUACAACUGGAGAAAAAGUUACAUUCGUUGCAGCCCCAUUCUGGGUUCCGUCUUUUCCUUACGAUGGAAAUCAACCCGAAAGUACCGGUCAACUUGUUACGUGCUGGACGCAUCUUUGUCUAUGAACCGCCACCAGGUAUUAGAGCCAACUUGCUACGUACUUUCUCGACUGUACCAGCAGCUCGUAUGAUGAAACCUCCAAGUGAACGAGCACGUUUGUAUUUUCUCCUUUCCUGGUUCCACGCCAUUGUUCAGGAAAGACUACGCUAUGUUCCGCUCGGCUGGGCCAAGAAGUACGAAUUCAACGAAUCCGAUUUACGCGUUGCUUGUGAUACUCUGGACACUUGGAUCGAUGCAACUGCUAUGGGACGAACUAAUCUUCCUCCGGAGAAGGUACCGUGGGAUGCCCUGGUUACGCUCUUAUCUCAAAGUAUUUAUGGUGGUAAAAUUGACAAUGAUUUCGAUCAACGUUUGCUUUCAUCUUUCCUAUCUAAACUGUUCACCGCACACAGUUUUGAGGCAGAGUUUGCCUUGGUUGCUAACGUUGAUGGUGUAGCUGGCGGCCCCAAUGGACAACGUCACAUUACUAUGCCCGAUGGAACCCGUCGUGAUCACUUCUUAAAAUGGAUUGAGGCGUUGGCCGAUCGCCAAACGCCAUCCUGGUUGGGCUUGCCCAACAAUGCUGAGAAGGUUCUGUUAACCACACGUGGUACCGAUUUAGUCAGCAAGCUUUUGAAAAUGCAGCAAUUGGAGGACGAUGAUGAACUUGCCUACAGUACCGAAGAAAGUUUGGACAGCGUACAAACCCGGCAGGAAGAUGGUCGACCUUCUUGGAUGAAGACGCUGCACAACAGCGCUUUGACUUGGUUGGAAUUGCUGCCUAAACAAUUGGCUACCUUAAAACGUACUGUGGAGAACAUUAAAGAUCCAUUGUAUCGCUACUUUGAACGUGAGGUUUCCUCCGGUGCUAAGCUGUUGCAAACUGUGGUAAGCGAUUUGCAGGAUGUCGUCUACAUUUGCCAAGGUGAGAAAAAGCAAACCAACUAUCACCGUACUAUGCUUGGCGAACUGGUGCGAGGCAUUCUACCAGCAGGAUGGAGACGAUAUACUGUCCCUGCCGGUUGCACCGUUAUCCAAUGGGUUACGGACUUCAGCCAUCGCGUUCAACAGUUGCAGAAAGUUUCAACCCUGGUUUCACAAGCUGGUGCCAAGGAGCUUCAGAGUUUCCCUGUGUGGCUAGGCGGUUUGUUCAACCCGGAAGCGUAUAUUACAGCAACGCGUCAAUGCGUGGCCCAGGCCAACAGUUGGUCACUUGAGGAGCUGACACUUAAUGUCACUAUCACUGAGAACGGUUCCGAUGGAUUUGAUAAUCUCAAGGACAGUAGUUUCUGUGUUUCCGGUUUGAAACUCCAGGGCGCACAAUGCAAAAAUAACCAAUUGCUGCUUACUUCGGCUAUUAUGACAGAGCUUCCGUUGACGUUGCUCAAAUGGACACGCAUAGAUGCUGAAGGAGCCCGAGCGGCCAAGUUGACGCUGCCAGUAUAUCUAAAUUCUACUCGUACUGAGUUACUUUUCACGGUCGAUAUGACCGUUGCUCCCGGGCAGGACCCACACAGCUUCUACGAACGAGGCGUUGCGGUUCUGGCUUCUACUGCUUUGAACUAAAGUUUCAUCAAUUGAUAAGCUAAUAUAUUCCUUAUAUCAACAACAACACAUAUUACACUAUUUAUUGGAACAGGUGAUGGUAGGCAAACUAUAAAUAUGCCUUGAAAUUAUGCAUUAUGUAGGUAUAUUGGGACUGUGAUACCAACAGGGACUGCUAAAUUCAAUGAAGGACUCUCCACAUAAAAUGUUUUCCCCGCUACACAUCGUAAUGGUCAUAUGCGAGAAUAUGGAUAAGUUGUGUUGGUCUCCAUUCCUUUUAUUAUCCUUACAAAAAUGAACUAGCAAAAAGCUAGAUAAACACACUUGAAAUAUUAUUAACUAUGCAUUAAAAAUAUUCAAUAUACUGCUUGCUUAUAAUACUCAACAA